GCUUGACUCGGUGAAGAGGCCAGUAUGGAGCCAUCGCGGGAUAUUCAAAAUAAACGCAAUAUAAGCACUAGAUCUACAGUAUCUUCGUGUUCCUCUCUCGCCAUGGAAAUAAAAAGAAAGAAAAUCAGAGAAAGCUUGUUUUUUCCAAACGAGGACUGUGACAUUAAGGAAAAGCUGGACUUUGAGAUGCGAAUGAGAGAAGGGGCUUACAAGCUUCUAGUUGCCAGCACUAAGAAAGAGCAGGUGUUAGACGCAUCUAGGAGUUUGUUAACCUGCAAUGCCCGAAUUAAAGCCUAUAUGAGUGAGGCACAGAAGAGGAAAGAGCACCAGGACACCAGAAGGCCGUCAAACUCUAAGAAUCAAAUCCCUUGUAAGGGGAAGGUUGCCAUAUCUGGCCUGCGAAUUCCAUUAUUUUGGAAAGAUUCAGAACAUUUCAACAGCAAAGGGAGUGCGCAGAGGGUGGCAGUCUUCUGUUUGAUGAAGAUUGGCUCUGAGAUUUUUGACACCGAAAUGGUGAUUGCGGACCCGACAAUGACUGAUAUUUGUUUUGAGGGUGUCAGUCUUUUCUCAGAGGCUAAGCCAGACUUUGAACUAACAUUGGAGCUGUAUAGCUGUGGACAAGAGGAGGAGGAGGCAAACUUUGUCAACACUCCAAAAAAACUGGCCAGGAAGUUCCGCUCCUCUUUUGGCAGAUCUUCGAGCAGAAAACUCUGCCCUCUUCUGGAUGGAGGAGACCCAGACAGUUUCCUCCAGUCCAACCCAAUUCCACAAGGUGCACGCUACUCAUUGUUGGCAUACACCACAUUGGGUUUAGAGCAGGCGGAGGGCUCUUUCCAGUCUCAUUCUCUCAUAAUCCUGCAGAACGUGGAAGCAUCAUCAUGGCUGCCGCUCUAUGGAAACCUGUGCUGUCAGCUGGUGGCACAGCCUGACUGCAUGACUCAAGAUAUGAUGAGUGGUUACCUGAGCCAACAGCAAAACAUUGGGGGUUUGCAGCGUUGCUGUAAGCUUUACUGUGUGCUAAAGGCUGGAUGGCUUUCAUGCUAUUACUCUCCUGAGGAGAUUCAGGCUAAAGUGGAGCCCAGUCUCAUUAUCCCCAUAAAUAAGGAAACCCGUAUCCGUGCGCUAGAUAAGGACCACCAGAGGUCUGGGUCUAGACUGAGCCUGAUAAACCCUGGGAAAGGAGACUCUGCUAGUCAUGUCUUUAAUGCUGACACACCUGAUGUCUUGCAGGAGUGGUUGGAUGCCCUCUGGCAGCACAUGUAUGACCAAAGUCAGUGGCAGCAUACGUGCCACAAGCUCAUGGAAAUUGAAGUUCUUUCACCAAGAAAACCCCCACUCUUUGGCAUGAAGCAAGCUGGCUCUGUUUAUAAUGAUCUCAGCAUUGGAUCCCCUGGGAAAUUUGAGAGCUUGACUGACAUCAUUCACAACAAGAUUGAGGAAACUGAUGGGCGCUUUCUCAUUGGCCAUGAGGAGCGACAGACAGCCUCCUCAUGGGCAGCCCUUUUUGAAGGAUCUCGACCAAUGGUGGUACAAAAAAGUGUGCUGUCACCAGGUAAAGAAAGCAACCAGUCUGUUUCGAGCCCCCCCGUGAGCAGCAAAAAGAAGAGGAGAGCCCCUCCACCCCCUUCUGAUAAAUUACCAUUCGUUCAACCUACCAGCGUCUUAUCUAAUCAGGAGAAAGAGAACUGUAAGGGGGCGAGGCCUCGGACAGGGCGCCCGUCACUGGAUGCUAAAUUCUCUGCCAUCAUUCAGCAGCUUCAGAAGAGCAAUGCGUCCUCUCGUAACAACGCACCUCUUGCACAAAUCGAACACCAUCAGCACCCUUACACUCCCAAAAAGAGGAAUGAGUCAGAAAAUCCUGAGAAAGCAUUCAGUCAGGAUCCUCAGGCACCCGUGCCGGCCCCCAGGAACAAACUGAGGAUGUCAUUCAGAGAUAAGAUGAACCCCAAAGCUUGGUGAAUGAA